UACACAAAGCGGUGGUUAGUUGCGAUUAAUAAUCGAAGGCGAUUCCGCGUGUUUUCCGCGAGUACGAGGUACGGGGAUAAGUGUUUGUCCGCGUGGCGACAGGAAUCUGCGCGUAAUCUCAAUCAACAAACCCUCAAACACCGAAAGUGUCUCGUUAUCAUUUACGGUUUAUCUCGAGUCAGUUGCUGCAUCGGGGCGUUUUAAGGGAACCUUAAAUCUAUUGGCUCGUCAGAGCUGGACAGGAUUGUUAUCAACUUAUUACAGCCAGACGGAACCAGUGAGACUAUUUAAUCAUAAGAUAGUAACCAGUGUCAGUCUCAGAAGAUUGAAAAGUGCAUCGUUCCCUCUCUACCAAAAAAAAAAAAACACACAAAAGUUGUUGUUCCAAAACACAAACUUUCAAGAUUAAUUGACUAAAUUGAUAGCAGCACGAGUGAUGAAACGCUUUCCAAUUAAGAUCAAUAGAACUGCUAUACAAAGUUAAUUGUCGUGCCGUUUGUCGUUUGAUUUCGAAAGUUUUUACGAGUGUUGAAAUAUUUCCAAAUUUGAAUAACCAAACUGCAAGUUCGGCACUAGUUCGCGGAAACAUUUGUUCGUGUCCAGAAAAUAAGUGAUCGAGGGAUGUCGUUUGUGAUCUAACGACUUUAAAAAAAAACGCCAGUUUUGCCGGCUUAUCAAUUGUUUGAACCGUGUGAAGGUUAGAGAGCCGGUGAUAGUGAGGGCAAAUUCAGGUGCAACCAUCAUGUUUUGAAAAAGUUUUCCAUUUGUUGACAAUCCACAUAAAAUUGCCUGAAACGGACCAACAAUUAUGAACCCAACGAAAUACUCCAAAGAUCCCAGCAUCCACCAGAUGCGCCGGGAGGAAAAUCCGGUCAUCAAGGCGGGCUCAAUCUCACGCUACACCUUCUGGUGGCUGAAACCCCUGUUCCGGACCGGUCUCGAGCGUCCGAUCGAAGAGUCCGACAUCUACGAGACCCUAUCGGGGCACCAGAGCGAGCAGCUGAGCUAUCAGUUCGAAGACCGGUGGCGAUUGGAGCUAAAGAAGGACCGCCCUAGCUUUCUGAGGGUGAUCCUCGGAAUUUAUGGAAGUACAAUCCUACUCAAUGGGUUGAUCUACACAUCGGUGGAUUCGUUUGCCAGAAUAUUCCAGCCGCUCUGCCUCGGUGGGUUGGUGUCUUACUUUGCUCCAGGUCAAACGACGAUCAGCCGAGAGGAGGCGUUCUACUACGCCACUGGAAUUGUUCUUUGUUCCUUGAUUCCGGUGGCCAUUUUCCAUCAUUUUAUUCUGUAUAUUUUCCAAAUCGGGAUGAAAAUUCGAGUAGCAUGUUGUUCGCUGUUAUAUAAGAAGGCCCUGCGCAUCACCAAGGCGGCCGGAACGGACGGCCUCAUCGGGCAGGUGAUUAAUUUGAUGUCAAACGAUGUGGCGAAGUUUGAUACCGCAACCAGCUUCCUGCACGACAUCUGGAAGGGUCCAAUCGAAAUGGCCGUGCUGGGCUAUUUCAUCUACCGGGAAAUCGGACUGCCCGGCUUGAUUGGCAUCGUGUUCCUGCUGAGCUUCAUCCCGCUGCAAGCCUGGGUCGGAAAGAAGGCAGCCAGCUACCGGAUAAAGACGGCGACCCGAACCGAUCGGCGGGUUCGGUUCAUGAACGAAAUCAUCCAGGGAAUCCAGGUGAUCAAGAUGUAUGCCUGGGAGGACAGCUUCCGGCGGAUGGUGGAUGGGAUCCGAAAGCUCGAAGUUCGCGGCAUCCGGGGUACGCUUUUCAUCCGGGCCGGGCUGCUCUCGUUCAAUUUGGUUUCGCGAGUGUCGAUUUUUCUGAGCCUGGUUGGGUACUGUUACUCCGGGAAUGUCUUUACGGCCAAGCAGGUGUUCAUCGUGACGUCGUACUUCAAUCUGCUGUACAGUUCGAUGCUGCACUUUUGGCCCCUGGCGUUGACUUCGGUGGCCGAAGGGCUGGUUUCGAUCAGACGAGUUCAGGAGUUCUUGCUGCUACCGGAGCGGAAGUUUUCGGAAAGAAUCGAAGCUGGUUUGGGUGAAAAUGGCGCCAUGAAUGGGGUCGAAACUAAACUCAUGAACAAUGGGAAGUCCGUGAAUGGAGAUGGAAUGGUUAUGAGCGGUGUUUUUGCUCCAAAAGCCAGAAGUAAACGCUUCGUCAAUAAGAAGUCGUUUGCCGGGAGAGGCGUUUUUAUGAGAAAAGGUACUGCUUCGUGGAAUAAAGAUAUUUGUGGGGAUCACAUCGAAGUCGUGGGAAUCGAAGCGGUUUCUCUAACGGUGGAAAAAUCCAGCUUCUGUGCCGUUGUCGGUCCGGUGGGAAGUGGAAAGUCUACCCUGCUUCAGGUGAUUCUCGGAGAGCUGGAGCUGGACGAGGGUCGAUUGGACAUCAGUGGCGACAUCAGCUACGCUCCCCAAGAGCCCUGGCUUUUCGAAGGUUCUGUGAAGAAUAACAUUGUCUUCGUCGAGGACUAUCACGAGAAACGGUACCGGGAGGUGGUGCGGGUUUGUGCCUUGGAAAGGGACUUUCAGCUGCUUCCUGAAGGCGAUGGAACAAUAGUUGGGGAAAGAGGGAUCAGCUUGAGUGGCGGCCAGAGGGCUCGCAUCAGUUUGGCCAGGGCAAUCUACCGGAAAGCGGACAUUUAUCUGCUGGAUGAUCCACUUUCGGCUGUCGAUACUCAUGUUGGGAAACUGAUCUUUGAACAGUGUAUUCAGGAAUAUCUCAAAGAUAAAAUUUGCAUUUUGGUGACUCAUCAGCUGCAGUAUCUCAAAGAGGUGGAACAUGUGGUGCUGAUGAAUGCCGGCCGAGUUGAGGCCCAAGGGUCGUAUCGAAGCUUGGAGGCGGACAACUGCUACUCGAUGCUGGCAUCGUUGGUGGAAGAGCAGCAAAAGGCGGCCGAAGAAGAGCUCCAGGAACAACAGAGUCGACUUUUCGCCGAUGGAAUGAGGGACGAUGGUUUAGGGAAGCCUCCAACCACGAACAACAAUGGAUCGGCCAAUGCGGCAGGAACUGGCGUCACCGGUGGAAGUGGCAGUCUCCCACGGAUUCUGAUCGAAAAGCCAUCGGCCCCGUCAUCGCCAAACAAAACCACCCCUGCUUCUGGAGCCGCCCAUCGGAUGACAAACUCCCACUCCCAGUCCCUCUAUCAACCGUCGCCCUUUUCCUCCAGCAGUAUGGUAUUCGAUGGCUUCGAGGACGAUGACGACACGGCUGGGUCUGGCCGGCGGCGCCGGAAACCCAAACGUCACUCCGGGAAAACCGAUGAUGGCGACGAUGACGACGACGACGGACGGAAAGUCAAAACCCCCCUUGCAGCAGAAACGGGCAAUCAUCGGGAGGCUCAGAUUACCGGCACCGUUGGCUUUGCGGUGUAUCGGAGCUACUUCCAGGCCGUGGAGAGCAUGGCGCUGGUGGUUCUGGUGGUGGUACUCUUCCUUUUGGCGCAGGCCACGAUGAGUGGAAUCGAUUACUUCAUCUCCCAGUGGGUGAACCACGAAGAAUUCCUGAGCCAAAACCACACAGCAAGAAACGAGAGCGCCGUGAACGGUAACGAAAGUUCCACGCCGGAUGUAUCAAUCCGAUCUAGAUCGCUCGAGGGAACCAUUUUCGCAGCCCUGGACCGGGAACAGUAUCUGCUGAUAUACUCCGGCGCGAUGUUGGUAAUGUUGUGCCUAUCGCUGAACCGGUCAUUCUCGUUCUUCUAUCUGUGCCUGAGGGCCUCGAUCCGGCUGCAUGACCGGCUAUUCCGCGGAAUCACCCGGGCCACGAUGUACUUCUUCAACACCAACCCGUCCGGGCGGAUCCUGAAUCGAUUUUCGCGCGAUAUCGGCUGCAUCGACGUCUUCCUCCCGGCGGCCAUGAUGGAUUGCGUUCUGUUCAUUGUGGAGUUUACUGCCAUCAUCUGCCUGGUGGCCAUCGUAAACCGCUGGCUGCUUCUUCCGACGGCCAUCAUGGGAGUGCUGUUCUACGGAUUGCGUCAUGUCUACACCAACACGGCCCGCAGUAUCAAACGGGUGGAAGCGCUCACACGCAGCCCGAUUUUUUCCCACGCCAACGCGUCCUUCCAGGGGCUUACCACGAUCCGGGCCUUCGGGGCCGACAAGAUACUGGCGUGCGAGUUCGACAAGCACCAGGACCUCAACACCUCCGCCUGGUAUCUGUUCCUGGCCACGACCCGGGCCUUCGCCCUCUGGCUGGAGCUGGUGUGCGUACUCUACAUCGCAGCCGUCACGUUCAGCUUCCUGCUGAUGGAAAAUACCAUGAGCGGCAACGUGGGGCUCGCCAUUACCCAGGUUUUUAACCUGAUCUUCAUGUGCCAAUGGGGAAUGCGUCAGACGGCCGAGCUGGAAAACCAGAUGACUUCGGUCGAACGAGUCGUGGAGUAUGCGGAACAAAUUGAGCCGGAACCACCGUUGGAAACGGUUGACUCGAAGAAAAAACCUGCCCCGGAAUGGCCCACCCGAGGUUCAAUCAAUUUCGAUUGUUUUUCGCUGCGUUACUCGGCCGGUGGAGAACCGGUGCUGAAGGAUUUGAAUGUGGCCAUCCAGGCGGGAGAAAAGAUUGGAAUUGUGGGCAGAACCGGAGCCGGAAAGUCCUCCAUCAUUCAGGCACUGUUCCGACUAGCGGUGAACGAAGGAAUCAUCAAGGUGGACGGUGUGGAUAUAGGUGGACUGGGCUUGCACGACUUGCGUAAGAAAAUUUCCAUCAUUCCUCAGGAUCCGAUUCUAUUUUCCGGGAAGGUGCGGGAGAAUUUGGAUCCUUUCGAGCAGCACUCGGACGAGGAGAUGUGGCGUGCUCUGGAGCUGGUAGAGUUGCGUGGCGCCGUUCAACGUAUGGAAGGUGGCUUAGACGGCAAAAUGGCCGACGGAGGAUCUAACUUUAGCAUGGGACAGCGUCAGUUGGUAUGCCUGGCCAGGGCCAUCCUUCGGAACAAUAGGAUCCUGAUACUAGACGAAGCUACUGCCAACGUUGAUCCGGAAACGGACAAACUGAUUCAAACCACCAUCCGGAAUCAAUUCGGACACUGUACGGUCCUUACGAUAGCGCACCGUCUCCAUACGGUCAUGGACAGCGAUCGGGUCCUGGUGAUGGACGCAGGACGGGUCGUGGAAUUCGAGCAUCCCUACAAACUACUGCAACUGCCGGAAGGAUUCCUCCGAAAGUUGGUCGAUCUAACGGGCGAAGCAACGGCAGCCCAGCUGGCCAACGUUGCCGAAGAUAAUUUCAACAGACAGACUCAACAAAUCUCGAAUGGCAGCUGAUCUUACUGAGGGUUUCACACAUUGGGUACAAAUUCUAAAUUUAUUAUAAAUUUCUUUAAGCUAAAAUAAU